AAACAAACAUAUACAUAACAUCUCUUUUUCCUCGUCUUCGCUCCCCCUUCUCCCAAGCUUUCCUAACUAACCACUUUCUAUAAAUAUCUGAAACUAGUCUUUCAUAAAUUAUUUUAUGUAUGGCUGCUUCUUCUCUUCUUACUAUGGACAAUAACAGAACCAGACAAAACAUGAAUGGUUCUGUUAAUUGGUCACAACAAACCUCAAGAGCAUCACCAGCAUCUUUAGAAGAUCUUGAGAUCCCACCAAAGUUCAGAUCUUUUGCUCCUUCUUCAAUCUCAACCUCUCCUUCCACUUGUUUCAGCCCCUCUGUUUUCCUAGAUUCCCCUGCUUUUGUCUCCUCCUCUGCUAACGUUCUUGCUUCUCCAACCACAGGAGCUCUGAUCACAAACGAAAGUGACCAUAAAAGUAUAACUGAGGAAGAGAAGACUAACAACAACAACAACAGCCUUAGCCUCUUUGAUUUCUCAUUUCAGACACAACCAUCAGGAGUUUCUGCUCCUACAACAACAACAAACAGUUCUGUCUUACAAUGGAGCCAAACAGAUACUCGUCCAAACAACAACACUCAUCAAGCUGUACCUUACAACGGAAGGGAGCAAAGGAAAGGAGAGGAUGGUUACAACUGGAGAAAGUAUGGACAGAAACAGGUUAAAGGGAGUGAGAAUCCCAGGAGUUACUAUAAGUGUACUUACCCGAGUUGUCCAACGAAGAAGAAAGUGGAAAUGUCUUUGGAUGGUCAGAUCACGGAGAUUGUGUAUAAAGGAAGCCAUAACCAUCCUAAACCUCAAUCCACUAGAAGAUCAUCAUCUUCUUUUUCAACAUUUCACUCAGGUGGACUUGAUCAUCAUGGUUCUUCUGAUUCAUUUGCUAUCCAGCAAGAAGAUAACGCUACUUCUGGUUCUCUUGGAGACGAUGAGUUAUCGGUUAUCAGCAGAGAGGAGGAAGAUUAUGGGAGUGAACCUGAAGCAAAGAGAUGGAAAGGAGAGAACGAGACAAACGGUGGGAGUGGUAAUGGAAGCAAGACAGUGAGAGAGCCGAGGAUUGUUGUGCAGACAACAAGUGACAUAGACAUUCUUGAUGAUGGUUACAGAUGGAGAAAGUAUGGUCAGAAAGUCGUCAAGGGGAACCCAAAUCCAAGGAGCUACUACAAGUGCACAACGACCGGUUGUCCAGUGAGAAAACAUGUUGAGAGAGCAUCACACGAUAUGCGAGCGGUGAUCACAACCUACGAAGGGAAACACAACCACGACGUACCUGCAGCUCGUGGUAGCGGUUACUCUACAAACAGACUGGCACAAGAUCCUUCUUCAGCACCAAUUAGACCAAAUGCUAUUGCUGGUCACUCUCAUUACACUACUUCUUCUCAAGCACCAUAUACACUUCAGAUGCUGCAGCACAACAACAACACUAAUGCUGGGCCUUUUGGUUACGCUAUGAACAACAACAUUCAAACGCAACAAAACAACUUUGUUGGGGGUGGGUUCUCUAUAGCAAAAGAAGAACCAAACGAGGAGUCUUCCUCCUCUUUUUUCGAUUCGUUUUUGUCCUGAAGACAAGGGUUUAACUACUUACUAGUGAUCAUGCUGAUACUCUACUAAAACUAUAUAGUCCUUAGAGAAAAUUAUUUCAUUUGUUGUUUUUUUUUCAUGGCUCAUGCGAGAGCUUUCACACGCCUGUAAUGUAAUAAUAUCUUUAGUUUUUUUCUUUGUACCAUAGAAAUAGAUAAAAGGUAUAAUAAAACCAAUCAAUCAAUGUUCACAUGUUUUCACUU